AGGAUGAACAAGACCAAGGGAGCAUUUGACAGCCCAGAAGUUUGGAGCUCAGGCUGCAUGCAGAGCAGCGCCUCCCUGGGCAGUGUGGCACCGUUCGGACAGCAGGCCACGGACACAGCCCUGAAUGUCACCCUCAUCGUGGCGCUCCUGGUCRCCACGGUGUCUCUGGGAUGUACGAUGGACAUAGCCAAGAUCACAGCUCACCUCAGGAGACCCAAAGGUGUGGCAGUUGCCGUGAUGGCUCAGUAUAGCAUCAUGCCCUUGGCAGCGUUCACACUGGGCAAGCUCUUCCAGCUGGGCACCUCAGAAUCCCUGGCCAUCCUCACCUGCGGCUGCUGCCCAGGGGGAAACCUCUCCAACAUCUUCAGCCUGGCACUGAGAGGGGACAUGAACCUCAGCAUCGUAAUGACCGCAUGCUCGAUGGUCCUGGCAAUUGGAUUAAUGCCACUGCUGCUGUACCUUUACUGGGGAGGACUGAAUGAGGGUGACUUGGAGGGCAAGAUACCUUACAAAGGAAUAAUCACCUCCCUGGUGCUGAUGCUAAUCCCCUGUGCCAUCGGCAUCAUCUUGAAUGAGAAGAAACCACAGUACACUGGCUUUGUCACCAAGGUGGGGGUUGUUGUGCUUCUACUGUCAUCUGCUGCUAUAAUUGUUCUGUCUGUGGCCAAUGAGGGAAGCUGUGUCAUGGUCGUUUUCUCACCAUCUCUCCUGGGAUCUUCUGCCUUAAUGCCUCUGACUGGAUUCCUGCUGGGCUAUGUUGUCUCUGCAGCCUUCAAGCUGGAUGACCGGUGCAGGCGGACAGUGUGCAUGGAAACUGGCUGCCAGAACACACAGCUUUGCUCAGCUAUCCUCAAGGUUGCCUUCGCCCCAGAGAUCAUUGGCCCCCUGUAUUUCUUCCCCCUACUCUACUUGCUGUUCCAGCUUGGAGAGGGACUCCUGCUCAUCCUGAUCUUUAGGAUCCAUGACAGAAAAAAGAAAGGCAGUGGCAAAUGCAGCAAAAAUGAUCUGUGCAGGUGUGGACACAAUUAG